AUGUCGCUAGCCGAUGAGCUACUCGCAGAUCCAGAUUUCAUAACUACUCGUGACGAAGAAGCUGACGAUACUGAUAACGAUGGAUUGGAAGAUGUUAAAAUGCGAGAUUUGGAAGAGAUAGAUGAUGAUAUGGCUGAUGUUGAAGAGGAAAAGCAAAUAAGCUCAGAAGUCGAAAUGAAAAAUGUAAUGGAUGUGAGAAAAAUUGCUAAACUUCUUGGUUCUAGACAAAUGAAGGAUAUUCUAACGAAAAUAGAACAGCUGAAAAAUACAAAUCGAAUUCAUGUCCAAAUAAUGGGCCCUGUUGAAGAAGACCCAGAAUAUAAACUUAUUGUACAGGCAAAUAAUUUAACUGUAGAUAUUGACAGUGAAAUUUUAAUUGUUCACAAGUUUAUAAGGGAUCAUUAUGCAAAAAAGUUUCCCGAGCUAGAAUCAUUGGUACUCAACCCACUGGAUUAUGCUCGUGCCGUGAAAGCAAUUGGUAACGAAAUGGAUUUGACCAAAGUCGAUCUUAGAUCGAUACUUCCAUCUGCGACCGUGAUGGUGGUAACAGUUACUGGUUCUACAACAAACGGCCUGCCAUUGACAGUAGAAGAAAGUAAGAUUGUGAGCGAUGCAUGCGAUAUGGCAUUGGAAUUGGAUAGUGCCAAGCGUACGAUAUUGGAAUAUGUGGAGUCAAGAAUGACCUUAAUUGCGCCAAAUCUUUCGGCCAUAGUGGGCAGCACCACUGCCGCCAAAAUGCUAGGACAGGCCGGCGGUUUGAUGGCUCUCUGUAAAAUGCCUGCAUGCAAUGUUAUGUUAAUCGGUGUCCAGAAAAAGACAAGCACGGGCUUUUCUAAUGCAACAACACCGAGACACACUGGGUACUUGUUUCAAUCCGAAUUGAUACAGAGAACGCCACCAGAUCUCAGAUUGAAAGCACAGAAGAUUGUUGCCGCAAAAUGUACGUUAGCCGCUAGGAUGGAUCGUGUGCAUGAAUCGCCUGAUGGCUCAUUUGGUAGAUCUUUACGGGAACAGAUUGACAAAAAACUCGAAAAAUUGCAGGAGCCGCCUCCAUCUAAGACGGUCAAACCUUUGCCAGUUCCUGAUGAAGGACCAAAGAAACGGAGAGCCGGAAAAAAAGUACGUCGAAUGAAAGAAGCGCACGCAGUUACGGAACUUCGUAAAGCUCAAAAUAGGAUGGCAUUCGGUGUCGCUGAAGAUGAAACUGGUUCUUUUGAUACAACUAAGGGUUUAGGCUUGAUUGGACAAAGCUCUGGCAAAAUCCGCGCAGCUGUGUCCGAUCCCAGAGUUAAAGCAAAGGCACCCAAACGAUACCAGCAUAUGGGAUCAUCUGGCUCAACUUCCGGUUUAUCAUCUUCUUUGACUCUUACUCCUGUACAAGGAAUUGAAUUAAUCAAUCCUGACGAAUCACAAAAGAAAGUUAAGGACGCAAAUGAUAGAUAUUUCGGUGGUGGUGCAUUUUUGAAAGUUGAACAUUACAACUAUUGCAAGUUAAAAAAUUCUGGCAAUAGUAAUAUAUCAAGUUCUACAUCAAGUUUUGUACAUAACAAUGAUGAUAAUACAAGAACUAUUAAUCAUAAACAACAAACAAAAAUGGGAAAUUUUUUAUACAAGUUUACGAAUGCGGAUCAAAAAGAACUGGAAAGUUUGUUAGCGCGUGGGUUUUAUUUUGCUGGUAUUUCAUUUAAUAUUUUAGAAAAUGAUAAUAUAAAAGCUUUUUUUUCAAGGGCAUUACUAUACUUUAAAUUGCCUACACGUUAUUCUCUUUCAAAUUCUCUUCUUACUAAAGAGUAUUCUGGUUUAAACACUGUUAUUAAUUACUUACUUAAUGAAACACAAUUUUUGUGUCUUGUAAUGGAUGAAACAACAAUACGUAAUAAUGAUUAUGUUCCAACUACAGUAAUCACAGAAAGUAUAAGAUUAGUAGAGCAACGUUGGAAUGAUUUUUUAUACAAUCUAGCAACAAUGACUGUAUAUAAAUUAGAUCCACGAUAUUGCAGAGAAAUUUUAGAUCCAAACAAAUGGGAUGCGCCAAUUGAAAGAGAGCUUAUACAUCUUGCUGGACCAGAGAAUAAAGACCAAGUUUUAGAAGAACUUUCAGAAUAUGUAGGAAAAACUGGUGGAUUUUUAGCUAAUUAUUUAUGGGGUUCGAUAAAAGAAAACCCAUAUAAUUGGUGGAAUUUGGUUAAAGCCCGAUAUCCAGUAUUAAGUAGUAUAGCAUUAAAAUUGCUUUUAAUACCAGCAACAUCAGCUUCCUCUGAACAAAACUGGUCAUCGUUUAAUUUUCCACUUUCAGUUAAAGAAUUAAGAAAUAGGGGCUAUUUAAUUAAAAACAAUGUAGUUAAUUUAGAAUUAAAUGAAACCAACUCAGUUGAGGAAAAUAAUAUAGAUAAUUCUUUAUCUGAUAGUCCGUUAUAUAUAGAUAGUAUGGAUUAUGCUGACGAAAUUGACGAU